UACCAUCAUGGAUCAAGCGGACGGCGAGCCGCAUAGGAUAGCACAGCUGGGUACUACACGCCCAGGACACCUGUAUAACAGUCUUUAUUAAUAGGUUUCUGUUUAUACUAGUGUGCGCCUAGGCUGCUACACAUUGGAAGGACAUCUUACGCAGCGGCCUUAGGCGCCUUCUGCCCAAGUCGGCAGUAAUUUAUUAGCUGCAAGGGGCCUUCCUACCCAGGACGGAGCAGCAUAAGAAGUUAGCAAGAAGACUAACGACGAACUGAGGUGUUCCUGCACCUCGUUAUCAGGAUGACCAGGAGCGCUACGCUCCUGGUGGCCCUUGUGGGCCUGGCCGCCUUGCAGGCGGCCGUGGCUCAGUAUCCUCCUGCUGCUCGUGGUCUUACUAGCUGGUGCGCCGUUGGCUCUCGCGGGACAACUGCUUGGGCUUGCAACCAAGGAGUUAACACGCCCACUGCUUGCGAGACUUCUGACCUUUGGUCGACUGACGCCGACGAGUGCGCUAUUCCCGAUAACGGCGCAUUCCCAGUUGUUUCCGCGACCUUUAACAUCCGGAACGUCUGCUCCUACCAAGUGGGCCGUCUGCCUCUGGUGUUCAGUGGUACCUCCACCGUCGGAGGCCACCUUGUUAUCUUCAAGGAUUACUCCGACAACAUCUACUUCACCAUCUCUCUGGAGGCCACCAGCCGUAUUGCUGGCCAGCCAGAUGGCCAAUGGCUGUACGUCGAGCCUGCCCUGCCCGGCGCCGGCUCGCCUAGCGGCGCUAUUUACCUUUGGGACUCGGCGCCGUCUGCUAGCAGCCCGCUCGCCCUUCAGGCUCAGCUGCAGGACUUGAUGGUCUCUGACCGCAACUCCUACAAGCGCUGGUCUUGCGCCACCUACAAGGCCUCGCUUUCCAACUUCUGCGCGCCCGGCUACGUCCUCGGCGACGGCGCUACCUGCCUGCCCAAGGCCGGUGCUUCCCCCGCCGCCGGUGCUAGCGCCAAGUCCUUGGCUGCCACCAAUGCCAGCUCCCUGUACCUGGCUGUCAACGUCAACGUUGCCAAGUACGAUGUUUCCACGCUCGGCUCCCCCGCCACCGGCUUCUACUGCGGUGCCGCCACGCAGUUCGCCUCCCUGGUUCUCGCCAACGGUGCCAGCUACGUGCGUCUUUCUGACGUGGUCGACGUGCCCGCCAGCUGCAGCACCCUCCAGCGCCCGCCCUCGCCGCCAGUGCCUCCCAGCCCUCCUCCGUCUCCCUCGCCGCCAUCCCCCUCGCCUCCUCCUUCCCCCUCGCCCCUGCUGCCGCCUUCCCCCGCCCCUCCUCCUUCCCCCUCGCCUCCUUCCCCCGCGCCGCCACAGCCCGCCUCUCCUCCUCCCCCCACCCGGCAGUACUACGCCUCCGUCUUCGUGUACCAGCCUAACCGCCCCACCCCCUUCGGCGACUCUGAUGUUGCCAAGGUUGUGCAGAUCAUGAAGUUCGCGCUCGGCUGCCAGCUCAACACCGGCGACUGCCUCCGCUCCAAGCCCUUCCUGACCAUCAACGAGACCAACAACGCCGCCUUCCCGUCUUACAGCAUGAUGGGUGUCAAGAUGUUCUUUGACGGCAGCAAGGACGGCACCGGCGCCGACAUCGCCUUCACCGAGCAGGCCCAGGCUGCGCGCGACGCCGUCACCUACAUGUACGCCUCGCUGGGCUCCAGCGAGCUAUGGAAGUCGCUGGCUUCCGAGCAGAACAAGGGCGGUCUGUACCUAUACUGCAACUCCUUCAUGGCGCUGGAGGCUGUGAUCGACGGCAACUACUACACCCAGGCCAACGCGAUCGACACGGCCGACAUCACCAACCUGGGUGCGCGCUACAUCUGCCCCAUGGUCCAGGGCGGCCUCAACUCAGCUCAGUGGCCCAACGGCACCGAGUACAUCCCCGACGAGGUGGUGGGCCUGCCCGGCUACGUGCGCCUCGGCAACAUUGCCUCCGCGCCCGGCUACAAGCGCCGUGUGUGCGACUACUCCCUUGCCCAGGCCUACCCCAUGCAGUGCUACGCGCCUCCCCCCAGCCCGCCGCCCACCCCGCCUUCUUCCCCCAGCCCGCCGCCCGUCCCCCCCUCCCCCGGCACUCCCCCCGUGCCUCCCUCGCCCUCUCCCCCGCCCCCCGACCUGCCGCCGCCGCCCUCGCCGCCUCCCUCCCCGCCGGCUGACUACUGCACCGCCUCCGUCAGCCUCAUCUCCGCCAUCCCUCGUGCCACCGACCGCGCUGCGGAGUGCACCAUGCUGACCACCCUGGUCGGCCUGUGGUUCGGCCUGGGCGUGACCUUCCGCGCGCCGGGCCACUUCACCUGCUCCACCGCCACGCCAUUCCAGAUCACCGCGUCCGCGGACCUCUGGUCCAUCGCCUCCGGCAGCAAGUUCCUGUCCAACCUGGUGAGCAACAUCGGCGUGUACUCCACCUUCACCUUCCCCAGCCCCACGGGUCUGGGCAUGGUGUGCGGCGACUACAUCAGCAUCAACGCCAGCUGCACCUCCGGCACCAUCCCCGCCACCACCUUCACCUACCCCAACACCGGGGCGACGCAGACCGUGCAGUUCCCCUUCACCGUGGGCUCAGGCAGGGACAUCGUACCUCAGUUCCCCUUCCCCACCUACAUCUGCCCCUCGCCUCCUCCUUCCCCGCCUCCUUCACCUUCCCCGCCCCCACCACCCUCUCCACCCUCACCCGCGCCGCCCUCUCCUCCUCCCUCCCCGCCCUCGCCGCCUCCUCCCAGCCCGCCCUCGCAUCCUCCUCCCCGCCCUCCUCCCGGCUUCGGUCUGGAUAUCUCCAUCGUCAACGGCAACACCGAUGACGUCAACAACUGCGCCCGCUACAUCGGCUGGAUCAACGCCAUGAUCAGCUCGCUCAACACCCAGAUCCCCAUGACCCGCACCUCCGUCACCUGCCGCCGCCAGGGUCUGGAAACCGUCAUCCACCCCGAGCUGACGGCGCCCGACAUGGUGACCCGCCUGUACAACGCCCUGACCGUCAACGACACCAUCAGCUACUUCGCGCAGGACGGCGGUGUUCCUUGCAACUCCACCAUCCGCCUGUACAACCCGGUGUCGGCGCUGUUCAGCGACUUCCAGUGCAGCCGCGAUACCAACAUCCAGGAGCUGAAGAUUGACAACCUCUGCUGCCCGCUGCCGCCCUCGCCGCCACCGCCCUCGCCGCCGCCUCCCAGCCCGCCCCCGCCGUCUCCUUCUCCUCCUCCCUCGCCGCCCUCGCCGCCCUCGCCGCCGCCUCCUCCCUCGCCGUCGCCGCCUCCUCCUCCCUCGUUCCCUCCUCCCCCUCCCUCCCCACCACCUCCCGACCCGCCGCCGCCUUCUCCCCCUCCUCCCUCGCCCCCUCCUCCUCCUCCCCCCUCGCCUCCUCCUCCUCCUCCUCCCUCGCCUCCUCCUCCCUCGCCCCCGCCUCCUCCCCCCUCGCCUCCUCCUCCCAGCCCGCCCCCCGCCAAGAGCUCCUCUCCUCCCCCCCCUCCUCCCUCGCCUCCCCCCAAGUUCGUCGCCUCCCCCUUCCCGCCGCUGGUCGCCGCAAACGCCGCCCUGCCGCCUCCUCCUCCCUUCGUCAACACCACCUGGACCAUCCCCGCCAACACCCAGGUCCGCACCUACGAGGUCCAGGCGCCCAAGUCCACCACCGGCGUCGCCAACACCCUGGUUUCCAACCGCACCGUCGUCUACUGGCUGUGCCCCGCUCUCAAGGCCACGCUGCAGGCGCAGCUGGGUAACAACGCCGUCUUCAAGCCCCAUCCCCAGGGUAUCGCCUGCUCCGAGUGGUACGUGCUCAAGUCCGCGCCCAAGGCCAUCUUCUACCGGGUCACUGUGGCGGCCCCGGCCAGUGCCCAUGAUGCUCUUCUGGAGAACAUCGCCAAGGAGGGCUCGUUUGUGGAGUCGGCGCGGUUGGUGUGCGGUUCUAAGCUCACGGUGGGCAUGGGCCAGCCGGCGCAGGGCAAGAUUAGUGCCCUACCACCCUCGCCCUUCGACCCCAAGGCAGCUGUCAAGACUAACCAGUAUGCUUUCCUGAAGCCCGCCAGCAAGGUGUGCCUCACGAAGCUGACUGGUGGUGCGUAAGCGUUGGGUGUGUUGGAUGUGAUAUGUGGUAUUUGUGUGUGUUGUUACAGUUGCAACGGAACUGUUGUGUGUGUUGUGUUUUGCACGCAAAAUGUUAAACUUGCCCAUAAUGGUAAUGGGUGGGAGAUACCACAUUGUAGGAGGUGAUGAGGAGGAGGAGGAGGAGGAGGAUCGGGGUUGUUGCGAACAUGCGUAACGUCCAACGGCGUGCAUGGCGGUUGUUAUAGAGCGCUUUUCGAAGCAAUUGGGUAGGACAUCAAACAGCGCAUUUACAGGGGUUGGGUAGAGCUUAGCGCUGAUGUAUCCAGCGGGUGAGUUUUCGUUUCGUGUGCAGGGUUUAUUAUUGACUAUGAAAACUGUUGCGUACGGCAAUUGAUUCUAAGACCACUCGUGCGGCGCUGCUUUCUGCAGUGUUAUCUUCGUGGGCAAUUGACAACGUUACUCCCUGCAACUUAUUGAUUGUUGACACUUCCAUAUGCUCAUUGAACAGAGCGAUUAGUUGGUAUGCAGGUGCUACAUGUAAAAUUCUAUCCAUGUGCUA